UCAAAUUUCCUCGAGCGGUUUUUUUUUGUUCUUUAAUUUCUUCUCACGUUGUCCUUCUCACUGGUUCACUCCUUUUUAUCAGGUUUAAGAUGACGAUCCUUGUUUUGCUGAAACAGAUUGAUGGCUGGUGGAUAGAUAUCUUCAACCAAAUUGAAAUUUUUUGGUGACCCAAAUGAUUGAACUGAGUUGGGUUUGACUCAUUUUGACUGAUUGAUGGAUCAGACGGCUCCUGAGGUUGCAAGAAAUCUGGGAAAUUUGCUUGUUGUGCAACUGAAAUGAACAUAAAUAACUCCGUGGAAUAGUGAUUUGAUAUCGAAGUCGAAACGUGGGUGAACCCGAAUUGUUGAGUCUUUACUCUCUGGUUGUCUUUCCUGACAUAUUCUCUUUGAAAGACAGGUUCUAGCUGUUGGUCUGUUCUUGUUCAACGCAACCAUGGGAGUUUCAGGAAAAUGGUUCAAAGCGUUAGUUGGUUCAAAGAAGUCAGAAAAAUCUCAAUCAUCAGAACACGAUGAAAACGCGAGGACAGCCACCAACAAGUUUUGGCAUCGGAGAAAGCAUUCGAUUGAUAUCGAUGCAGAUAAACUUCAGCACGAGUUUAAUUCGAAUUUUACCCCAUUUGUUGAAGAGUCCAAUGCUCUUUCCGAUCCAGGAACUGCUUCUAUUCCUUCUGAUUCACUUCAAACAUAUGAUGCAUUGCAUAAUCAACACAACGAUAUAGAAGAACAGGCCGCGAUAUGCAUCCAAACCAUGUUUCGAGGAUUUCUGGCUAGAAGAGCUCUCCGAGCUCUCAAAGGAUUGGUUAGACUUCAAGCUCUUGUCAGGGGUCAUGCUGUCAGAAAACAAGCUGCAAUAACUCUACGCUGUAUGCAAGCUUUAGUGAGAGUUCAGGCUCGUGUUCGAGCAAGGCAUGUACGUAUUGCAUUGGAAAGUGAAACUGCACAACAAAAACUUCAACAACAAAUUGAAAACCAAGCUCGAGUUCGAGAAAUUGAAGAUGGUUGGUGCGACACUGUUGGAUCUGUUGAAGAAAUUCAAGCAAAGUUGUUAAAAAGGCAGGAGGCUGCUGCUAAGCGUGAGAGAGCCAUGGCAUAUGCUCUGGCUCAUCAGGUAUGGCAAGCAGGAACAAGACAACAGGCUGCCCUCUUCCAGUUUGAACCAGAUAAAAGCAGCUGGGGUUGGAACUGGUUGGAAAGAUGGAUGGCUGUUCGUCCGUGGGAAAACCGCUUUCUCGACAUCAAUCUCAAAGACGGAGUGAUGAUUCGUGAGAACGGAUCAGCUGAGGGAAAAAGUAACACUAAAUCUUAUUUACAAACUACUGGCAAGAAAACAAACUUAGUGACUGAUCAACCAAACCUCUCAAGCCAAAGAACCGCUGCCUCGCAUUCUGAUGGAUGUGGUUCGUCAUCCCCGACUAAGUCAGCUGGCAUUGUAGAGGUAUCUAGUGCACAGAUUCAAAAGCUCAAGCAUAAACUUGCACCUGAGAGGCCACUUGAACAAGUCAAACCUAAAGUAGAUACCGGUUUAAGAUCACGUAGCAAUCCGAAAGAGAGAUCUGCACCAUUGAUAAACAAUGCAAAGAAGCGAUUAUCCCUGCCUAAUAAUGAUCCUGGUAGUCAAAAUCGAACGGUGAGAAGCUCGGCUGGCAAAGCGACCGUUGAACCGAAGCCGAUAUCGAGAGGUGACUCAAAAGCUACAAAACCCGGAUCACAAAACUGAUAAGUGAACUAAACACAUUCCAAACGACGAGGAAAACCGUUCGAGACGUAUAGUUUUUGGGGAUGUGCUGCAGGAUCAUGUGUAAAUAUGGCAACGUCAUGUUAUGAUCGGGUCGGUCGCUAGCAAAUUUGUGUUCCUUUGAAUUUAUGAGUUUAUUUACAGUGAGUUGUUGCAAUGGUUGGCAAAUGUAUGAGGGAAUAAGGUUGGUUUGGUGAGUAUCAUUGGGGGAGUAUGUAAUUGUUCAUCAGUGUUUAUGGUCUUCAACCAUGUGGAUAUUUGGUCUUGUUAAUUUUUUA